AUUCUACUGUUGAAGCCUCUGUUCUGCUGCCCGUAAGAGAUUAAUUACGGUGACCGGAGAUUAUCACACGAUUCUGUGUGUGGUUCUCCGUACUCCGCAAUUACCUCCAACACAUUGGGAGCAACCGCACUCUAGCGCGGUGGGGCGAACAGACUUCCUACGAGCCUCAACUCUGGACGUCGCUCAUAUAAAUAAACCCAUCGCCUCCACAAAAGUAGACUGGGAGAAACUGUUGAUAAGAGCUUUACUGCAGGAACAAAGACCGCCCGCUACUGCCCGUAGUCAGACUCGUUAUCAAUAUUGGAGAACCGCCAAUAUUCUCACUUUGAACACCACCAGCGAGAGACUGGCCCUCUAAAUCCCAUACUGCGCCCCAAGGCAACCACAGGCAAGAUGGCAGUAAAAGUUACGCCUUACCAAGAGCGCGUCUACGCCCUCCUCGUCCAAAUCCCCUCCGGCCGCAUCACAUCCUACAAAUCCCUCUCCGACGCCCUGAACUCAAGCCCACGCGCUAUCGGGGGUGCAUUGAGGAAUAACCCUUUUGCGCCUGAAGUCCCGUGUCAUAGGUGUAUUGCUUCUACGGGGUUUGUGGGGGGGUUUAUGGGGGGUUGGAAUAAGGCGCCGAGCGGGAUUAAUCAGGAGAAGAAGAUUGAGUUGCUGAGGGGGGAAGGGGUGGAGUUUGAUGAGAAGGGGAUGUUGAUGGAUAAGGGGAGGUGGUGGGAUGGGUUUAAGGUGUGAUGAAGGGCGUUGGGAGGGCUGUACUGUAUAUUAUAACGCGACCAAGGAAAUAGGCCUCUUGAAUACGGCGAGAAUGAAUCAUUAAUAACCC